CUGCCACCUUUAUGGAACACUGGAAGAGAAAACAGAUGCGUCUCAACUACAGGUGGGACCUGACUGGGUUUGAAGAGGAGGAGGAGGCAGUCAAGGAUCAUCCCAGAGCAGAAUAUGAAGCUAAAGUUUUAGAAAAAUCACUGAGAAGAGAGCAUAAACAUAAAGAGAAGCAUCGGUAUUUUCCAGAAGAGACAGCAAACAAAUGGAGACAAAGAGUUAAGACAGCCAUGUCUGGGGUGAAAUUGACAGAUAAAGAGAAGCUGACGUGGAAGGAUCGUUUUCCAGCCUAUUUAACCAAUUUUGUUGGCAUUAUCUUCAUGGUCGGGCUGACGUUCGCUAUAGUGUUUGGAGUCAUCAUAUACAGGAUCUCGACGGCAGCGGCGCUGGCCAUCAGUUCAACUCCCUCGGGCAGGUCAAGCGUUAGGGUCACCGUCACUGCCACCGCGGUCAUUAUCAAUUUGGUUGUCAUCAUCAUCCUGGAUGAAGUCUACGGCUGCAUCGCGAGGUGGUUAACUCAGAUCGAGGUGCCAAAAACUGACAAGAAUUUUGAAGAGCGGCUGAUUUUUAAGGCUUUCCUGCUGCAAUUUGUCAACGCCUACACACCCAUUUUCUACGUCGCUUUCUUCAAAGGCCGGUUUGUUGGACGCCCAGGAGACUACGUCUACAUUUUCCAUUCUUUCCGAAUGGAAGAGUGUGCUCCAGGUGGCUGCCUAAUGGAGUUGUGUAUCCAGCUCAGUAUUAUCAUGUUGGGCAAGCAGCUGAUUCAGAACAAUUUAUUCGAGAUUGGCAUCCCAAAAAUGAAGAAAUUUAUACGCUACAUGAAAUUAAAGCGUCGGCGUUCUUUGGACCAUGAAGAGCACAUGAAAAAAAAACAGCGUUACGAAGUGGACUAUAACCUGGAGCCUUUCGCUGGGCUUACCCCUGAAUAUAUGGAAAUGAUUAUUCAGUUUGGGUUUGUAACUCUGUUCGUUGCAUCCUUCCCGCUGGCGCCUUUGUUUGCUUUGUUAAACAACAUCAUUGAAAUCCGCCUAGAUGCAAAAAAAUUUGUUACUGAGCUGAGGAGACCAGUAGCAGUCAGAGCAAAAGAUAUAGGAAUCUGGUAUAAUAUCCUCAGAGGUAUUGGAAAGCUUGCUGUCAUAAUAAAUGCAUUUGUGAUCUCAUUCACAUCCGACUUCAUUCCACGCCUCGUGUACCUGUAUAUGUACAGUGAGAAUGGCACCAUGCAUGGCUUCGUGAACCAUACACUAUCCUCUUUUAAUGUCAGCGAUUUUCAAGCAGGAACAGCUCCAAAUGACCCCAUGGAUCUUGGCUACGAGGUUCAGAUAUGCAGAUACAAAGAUUAUCGAGAACCCCCUUGGUCCGAAAACAAGUAUGACAUUUCCAAGGAUUUCUGGGCUGUCCUAGCAGCAAGAUUAGCCUUUGUGAUAGUUUUCCAGAAUUUGGUCAUGUUUAUGAGUGACUUUGUCGACUGGAUUAUCCCGGACAUUCCCAAGGACAUUAGUCAGCAGAUUCAUAAAGAGAAAGUUCUCAUGGUGGAGGUCUUCAUGAGAGAAGAGCAAGGGAAGCUACAAAUGCUAGAAACCUGGAAAGACAAGGACAACAAGAAAGGUGAAAACUGUAACAACCACAGCCCUAGACUGUCCAGGAGCCACAGUGGGAGCCUGUCCUCCUGCCAUUCGUAUCCUCUCGACGUAUAGAAGAGGAAGGAGUUGGGCGUGUUGGGGCAUUCCACUGAUGGACAAGCCAUCAUGUAAAAGGCAGGACUCGAUUUCAUGGACGACCUGGUGCAUGUUGAAGGAUGUGCUGCCGUUUUGCUCCCAUCUUUGUGAGAAAUGUUCUUCUUGCAAAUAUGGAGGACCAUGUUCUAGUUCUUGAUAACGUUCUUUCUUUUGCACAAGCAGUAAUGCAGGGAAUUUUGUAUUUCAUCGUUAGAUAACACUAUUGAUGUUGGUGUG